CCUGUCCGCUGCAUCCAUCUCCGAGCCCUGAAUCAACUCCGCUGCCGUUCCUCCCGCCCUCGAAUCAUGCACUCAAGUCUCUUCUAGCUGCCUCUGCACCUCUUAGGGUCUCUUCGUGUGCGCCGUAUAGGUCCAUGGUAGACCCGGAUUGAACACUGAAAACCGAGAAGCGUCGUCUUUCCACCGCCCUCGUCAGCGAAAAACCACCGACGACCGUCCUGAAUUCCCGGUCAAAUCGUGCAUCCCCAAUCCAGCCUGAGUUCUGGCGCCAAUAAAGUGACCGUAGCCUGCGCGGUGACAUGCGCGCGUUCAAUGCAACAUGUGUUUCGAGCCAUCUCGGGACGACCAUAUCACAUCAUACCCGCGAAGAAUGUGGACGCCGUGCAUCCUGUCCGUGCUGUGCGCAAUUUGUGGCUUACGGGGAUCUUGCCCAACCCAGAGGACGGCCGACUCUGUCUCAGCUUUUUUGGAACACGCGCUGGUGGAUGGUGGCAAUUGUGGCACACUCCAGAUGCAUGUUGCAGUGGACCAAGUGCAAGUCAAUCUCGACACGCUGUCCAUGGAUCCCUCGGUAAUGUCCAGACAGGAAAAUAUACUCCACUGUUCAUGAACGUCGUCUGCUCCGCUCAGCAUAGCCCGCGCCUGUCAACAUUACGUUGUGCGUGCCCCGUCCGCGCCGACAGGGUACCGACCCGCCCGGAUAUCCUGGGACCGUUGAUUGAUUCUGCCUCGGCAUUGGAACCCUCCGCAAGGGAAGGACGGUAUGGACUUGCAGUACAGCGUGUUCCAGGUCGUCAUCGAUGCCUGCACGGUGUUAUGAACCUGUUGAUGGAUUGCUCGUCUAUGUGCCUCCAGGUGGUUAUCGAAGAACGAAGCGAAAGCGUAGAUCAUUAAAAGUCAAAAAUUUCGCUAGAGAGAUCGCCGUGUAAGUGCCAGUGUAUGCCUUUGCAGGGUGCUAUAGUAGUGCAAGUGGGGAGGCUAGGGUCGAUAUGGC